UGUUUGAUUUGCCUUCUGUUCAACCAAUCGGCACACUUUAGCUAAACUGGUGCAUUUCCAUGUUCGGUAGAGAAGGAAGGAAGGGGGAAGAGCGAGGUGUUGCACUGCAGGUCGCAGCAGCUGUUUGGUCCUUGAUUAUUUAGUUCCGCCUAUCAACACGCCCUUGUCCCUGUAAUAAAUAUUGACUUCCACAGCUCACAGGGGCCAGUUUUCUGCUUCUCUCUCCCUGCUGCUGCUGCCAACUGUUCCCCGGACCGAGGUGCCCACCCCACCUCUUUCGCUGUCAAAAGACCAUGGAGACAGAAAUUGAACAGCAAGAAGAUACUUCAUUCGGCAACACAGAGACUAACGGUAAGCGCCCUGCUGAGGAUGCAGAUGAGCAGAAAUCAUUCAAGCGCUCCAGGAACUCAGACGAGAUGGUUGAGCUUCGCAUCCUCCUGCAGAGCAAAAAUGCAGGAGCUGUAAUUGGGAAAGGUGGCAAAAACAUCAAAGCCCUUCGUACAGACUACAAUGCCAGUGUGUCAGUCCCAGACAGCAGUGGGCCUGAGCGCAUCCUGAGCAUCAGUGCCGACAUCGAGACAGUUGGAGAAAUCCUGCUGAAGAUUAUCCCAACACUGGAAGAGUACCAGCAGUACAAUGGCGUGGAUUUUGACUGUGAGCUACGCCUGCUGAUCCACCAGAGUCUGGCUGGCUCAAUCAUUGGAGUGAAGGGAGCCAAGAUCAAGGAACUGAGAGAGAACACAAAGACCAGCAUUAAGCUGUUUCAGGAGUGUUGUCCUCAGUCGACAGACCGAGUGGUGCUGGUUGGCGGUAAAACGGAGAGGGUGGUGGAGUGUAUCAAGACUAUGCUGGAGCUCAUUGCUGAAGCUCCCAUAAAGGGCCGUGCACAGCCCUACGAUCCGAACUUCUACGAUGAAACGUAUGAAUACGGUGGUUUCACCGUGAUGUUUGAAGAGAGGGGAGGCGGUCGCAGGCUUAUGGGAGGGUUCCCCAUGCGUGCGGGCAGGUCCAGUGGUGGAGACCGUGGGUUUGACCGAAUGCCCUCUAGCAGAGGUGGACGGGGACCCAUGCCUCCCGCCCGCCGGGAGUAUGAUGAGAUGAGCCCCCGCCGAGGUCCUCCUCCACCCCACCCGAGUAGGGUUGGCAGGGGGAGUGGCCGUGGACGCAACAUGCCCAUGGGACACCCACAUAGAGGAGGAGAAGAUCGUUACUAUGACUCUUACCGUGGCUCAGACGACAGGUCAAAUGACCGAAGAGGCAGACCAGAUCGCUAUAGCGAUAACAUGAGUGGAGGAGGAUAUGACAACAGUUCUUCCUGGGAUAGCUACCAGUCAGGUGGACGUGGCUCCUAUAAUGACAUGGGUGGCCCUGUCAUCACCACACAAGUGACGAUCCCUAAAGAUCUGGCUGGCUCUAUCAUUGGUAAGGGAGGCCAGCGGAUUAAACAGAUCCGCCAUGAGUCAGGAGCCUCCAUCAAGAUCGAUGAGCCACUGGAAGGUUCUGAGGACCGAAUAAUUACGAUUACUGGCACCCAGGAUCAGAUCCAGAACGCCCAGUACCUUCUACAGAACAGUGUGAAGCAGUACUCUGGUCAUUUGCUGUAGACCCAGGAGACUCAGAUUGAAGCAGACUCAGAUUGACCCCUCCCCUCCCCCCCUUCCCCUCCCCUCAAACUUCCUGCCCCUGUCUAACUCAUCCCCUUCAGACUAUAAAUCUGGAUUAUGGGUGUCUUUUUUUUAAUUUUAUUUUUGUAUUUUUUAAUGAAAUGUCCAACAUUCCUGUGCAUAAAAGAAAAUGUAGAUGUUCUGCAUUUUUAAUAGUGUAGUCUAUAAGUUUAUCAGUUACACUUUCCCUUUUUUUCAUCUAUCAAAAUAUUCAAUCUCCUGAGACAAAAAUAAACAUAACCUUUAUUUUUU